AUGUGGGACGUGUCCCUUCGGCUCGUUAAAAAAAGCCGCCCGCGGCAACAAAUCAAACUCAGCCCGCGCGCCGUGGACUUUUUCCCGGGCGACGCCCCAAUCCAUCUGCUCUCGUCACAAAUCAACAAGACGCAUGCUUUCCGGCCCGGGUUCGAAGCCGCCGCUAAUGGUGCCGUCCGAUUUAUUAACUACGCAACACGAACACGU